AUGAACUCGACAGUCCGUACCAUCGAGGCUAACCCCGAUGUAUCUGGGGUCGGGCUCCCUACCUUGAACAAAAGAAGCCCGCAGUUAAAUCAUCGUCCACAAAUUCGUAUAUCGAUCUACGCCUUCUGCCUGGGCGGGUCGAUGGUCAAUAAUCUACUCAGCGUAUUUGCCUCAGGAGAAGAUCAAGAGGAGUUCUCGCGAGGUGUCUCCUCCGCUCUGGGCUUUCAAGGCCUAGCCCUCCUCUGCACAGCAAUUUACCAGACAGUUCAGGGCGAGCUGACACUCUUCCACGCGAUAUGUGUCGUGCACCUUCUCGCCAUACUCGGCAUGGACAUGGUGAGAAAAGGCCGGUAUUCAGGACUCGGCCCAUGGCGACUGUAUUUCUUCUCCGCAAUCCAGGUCCUGGCUUUGGCGGCUUUCCUCGCUUUGAACGUCUAUGUUUGGGUGACGGCGCCGCAAUUUGGCAGCCAGCCCCAGUGCAACAAGAAUACGGCGUAUAUGGUCUUUGGCGUUAGCAUCAAAGCCACUUCUCCUGUAUUCCGGUAUAUCAUCCUCGGGACGUUCGGUGCGAUUGUGGCUGGUUAUGUUCCUACUUUCACGUGUAUGUUGCCGCGUCGGUGUGGGUAUGUUGUGUACCGGAGACGGCAUCCCGACGCUGGAAACAGGACUGAGGGUCAGAAGAGAGGUUGGGUGAAUUGGCUUGUGCAGGUUAACCAUCCUGUUUACCAGGAUCGUCGUGAGCCACCCGAGAGGCUGCAUGGCCAGGCGCUGCUCAACUUCACAUUGAACAAGGUCGCGUACUGUUCAUUCUGUAUAUAUUUGAUUGUCUCGCUGGAACAGACUAUCCAUCGCAAUAACUUUGGCCCCGAAGAGAAAAUGUCGCCAACGAGCUGCUUAAUGUUCUUCUUGCGAGUUGGGAUAGGAGGCAAGCUGAAGGUUCUCAGCAGCUGGUGCAGUUUACGCCGGGCACGGGCAACUCGGUGCAUUCCUUAUCUUCUUGAUAUAUGCAUGUCCAUAGCUAUAACAACUUUAAGAUAG